AUGGCAGGGAAACGAGCGAGCGACGGUGCAGCGGCGAGCAACCCGUAUAACUCGCUGUUUGCCGACAUUCUUACGUCAGUAAUAUCCGUCACAGCCUUAUUCAUUGGUGCAAACAUUAUUCGAAAAAGGCUGGACCCAGCAUUUGAAUCGAAGAAGGAGCUUGAACGACGUCGCAAGGAGCUCGAGGAGCGCCUCCGGAAGCAACGCAGCAGCUGUGGGCGGCCACCGCUGGACCUUUCGGACUUGACCCCUAACGAAGAGGUUGUCGCGCACUAUCUGGUCGAUCCUGACGAACUUGAUGUGCAGUCAUUGGAUGAUGUUGGCGGCCUAGAAGAAAUCAAAGAGGAACUGCGCGAACUUGUGAUCUUACCGUUCCAUCGCCCCGAACUCUUUCCUCCCGGCUCGCUUUUGCAACCGCCAAAAGGGAUCCUUUUAUAUGGACCGCCAGGAACUGGGAAAACGAUGCUCGCGAAAGCACUUGCAGCUGAGUCAAAGGCGUGUUUCUUAGCUAUUUCGCCAGCGACGCUGUUGAGCAAGUGGGUUGGCGAAACGCAGCAGCUCACCCGGGCAGUCUUCUCGCUCGCGUACAAAAUCCAGCCGUGCAUCAUAUUCAUCGAUGAGAUUGACGCGCUGUUCCGCACGAGGAGUGCGCAGGAUCACGAGGUAUACCGGGAUUUCAAAGCGGAGAUGAUGCAGCUCUGGGACGGAUUGACGACGGACUCCAGCGCCCAAGUGCUGGUACUGGGUGCCACGAACCGUCCCUGGGAUGUCGAUACAGCGAUACAACGUCGGAUGCCGAGGAGCUUCCUGGUGGACCUCCCGGGCGUGGAACAACGCAAGCGCAUUCUUGAUGUCAUUCUCCGGUCCGACAGGCACCGCUUGGAGGCAUCUACCGAAGAACUCGCGAAGCUUACCGAAGGUUAUUCGGGAAGCGAUUUGCGCGAGCUCUGCAGGGCCGCUGCGCUUCUUGUCCUACGAGAUGCAAUGCGCGAAGCCAAAAAGUGCGGCGUCGACGUUUCCCAAGUGCAGCUGCGCAGCAUGCGACUUGAGGAUUUUGAGCGAGCGAUGGAGCGAGUAGCACCGACCGGUGCCCAUGCUGAAAUUUUUCGGUACCGCCAAACUCUGGAACGUGUGCGGAAGCUGCGCGUCGCGCAAGAAAACAGUAAUGUAGAGUCCAGAGAACCCGAUGAGCAAACAUUGGUUGCCGGAAUCGAGGAGGCGCUCCUGGUAGAGGCUAAUGAGUUUGUGGAGCGCGUUGGUCGUCGGCUGGGCUGA